AACCAAAAAAACAAAAAAUUGAAAUAAAAUGACAUGGAACAAAGUUUUAUUCAAACAACAACAACAACAACGGAUGCUCAACCGCAACAUUCAAUGAAUGUACGUUUGGUUCAACAGGUUAAAAUACGAAUUGGUGAAGCAAAAAAUCUUCAACCAAAAAAUGGUACCAAUUCAAUAAAAGAUUGUUAUUGUGUUAUUCGAUUGGAUAGUGAAGAAAUUUUUCGUACACAUAAUUCUAUUGAUAAAACAUUGGAUCCAUUUUUUGGUGAAGAAUUUCAUUUUGAUAUACCAAGAAUAUUUCAUUAUUUAUCUAUUUAUGUUUAUGAACGUGAAAAAUCAUCUGUACAUCAUCAUCAAUCAUCCAAUCGUAAUCGUUCAUUGGGUAAAGUUAUUUUACGUAAUGAUCAAUUAAAAAAUUUUAAUACAUGGGAAGAAUUAUGGUUUCCAUUAAUACCUGUAAAUUUUACACCAGAAAUUAAAGGUGUUUUACAUUUACAAAUUGAACCAAAUUAUAUAAUGAAUAAUAAUUCAUUAAAUUUUUUUAUAACAAUAUUUGAAUGUCAAAAUAUUAUUGAUUUUGAUCAUCAUAAUCAUAAUAAUCAUAAUCAAAAUAAUUCUUCAAAUUCAUAUUAUUGUUUAAUUAAUCUACGUAUAUUUGAUGAAAGUUAUGUAAAAAAAUCUAAAAUCAAACGUAAAACAACAACAACAACAACAACAACAACAGCAAAUAAUUCUCAUUAUAAUGAAACAUUUUCAUUUGAACAACCUCAAUUAUCAUCAACAUCAUUGUCAUCAUCAUCAUCUGUAUCAUCAUCAACAAAUAAUAAUAAUAAUAGCAGUUACAGUAGUAACAGUAACAGUAAUAAUCAACAACAAAAUUAUGAUUAUAAUCUUGGUUCAUUACGUUUACGAAUAAAUUAUAUAUCUGACUAUGUAUUUCCUAAUCCAUUUUAUGAUUCAUUAUGUAAUUUAUUAUUAUCAUCAAUUGAAAUAAAGCCAAUUACAUCAAGUGUUGCCUAUUUAUUGGGUGAAUUUGUACUGAAUAAAGCUGAUGCUGCACAGCCAUUAGUAAAAAUAUUUUUACAUUAUAAAAAAAUUGUUACAUUAAUCAAAUAUUUGGCUGAAGAUGAAAUAUCAAAAGUCAGCGAUGUUAAUACAAUAUUUCGUGGAAAUAGUCUUGUAUCCAAAUGUAUUGAUGAAUUAAUGAAAUUAGUUGGCAUAAGAUAUUUACAUGAAACAUUACGUUCAUCAAUUGAUUUGGUUAUACAGGAAAAUAAAAUCUGUGAAAUUGAUCCAAUAAAAAUUAAUAAUCAAGAAUAUCUAAGAAUUAAUAUGCGACAUUUAAAAACAUAUACGGAUUUAUUUUUUAAUUCAAUUAUUGAAUCAAUGGAUAAAUGUCCACAAAUUAUGUGUGAUAUAUUUGCCGUAUUGAAAGAAUUGGCAAUUAAAUUUUUUCCAGAUAAUAAAGAUGUUUGUUAUUAUGUGAUAUCAGGUUUUGUAUUUCUGAGAUUUUUUGCACCGUCCAUUCUGAAUCCACGUCUGUUUGAAUUGACUGAUAAAAAAAUUAAUUCACAAGUAAACAGAACAUUUACAUUGAUAUCGAAAACAAUUCAAAGUAUUGGAAAUUUGGUCGUAUCAAAAAAGAAUACACCAUUGAUAAAAGAAAAUUAUAUGACUUUAUUUUAUAAAGAAUUUAUAACCGAUAUUCAUGUUUCUAAAACUAAAGAGUUUCUCGAAUCAAUAUCAUCAUCAUGUCGUUUAUCAACCAAAGAUUAUCAUGAACCAGUUAUUCUAAAAGAAAGUAUUAUGUUUAAAAAAUCUAAUGGUGGCUAUAAACGUAUUGGUUUUGGUACUAGUUAUAAAAAACGUUAUUUUUGCAUAACUACACAACAUUUUUUCUAUGCAAAAGCUAAAAAUAAAUCACCAUUAUUUAAAUUUCCAAUUAGUGAAAUUACUGUGAAAAAAUUACCCGAUAAUUAUUCAAUGAAAAAUAUGUUUCAAGUGAUACAUAAUAAAUGUACAUUAAACAUACAGGCAAGUAAUUGUGUACAGGAACGUGAAUGGCUUGAUACAUUGAAUCGAUUGAUACAAUUCAAUCAAUCAUCAUCGCCAUCAUCAUCAUCGACAACAAAUUUGAAUAAAUAUGAUGAUCAUCGGGAUGAUACAACAACAACAACAACAAAUAAUAAUAACAACAAUAAUAACAACAACAAUCAUUUGAAUCGACAACAACAACAACAAUUAUCAUUUGAUCUGACAAUUCAAUUAGAUCCUGAUCGUGAAUUAGCUCGGAUUUAUUCAUUAUUUCAAUCAAAUAUUGAAUCAAUUCGUACAAUACUCCGUAAUUUAAAACAAAAAAAUUAUAAAAUUGUAAAAUUUUGGAAAGGAAAUUGCCGUAAUUAUCCACAAUCACAAUUUAUUAUUGAACAUAGACAAACAUUAAUAACAACAUUAUCAUUAUUAAAUGAUUGUAUUGGUAAUAUUGAACAAAAAUAUCGACAAUAUUUAACAAGCAUAAUUGGUUCGGAAUUAUUACCUAUUGAAAAUUUUGGUUGAAACACCUUAUUUAUUUUAUUCAUUUUUUUUCCAUCAACAAAUAAGCCGGGCUUAUUUGUUUUUGCUUUUAAUUCAAAAAUUGCUCAUUACAAAACACAGCCAACCCGACCCAGCACCUACCUGUACCUCUAACCUAACCUGAAAAAUCUUUAAAGAUUUUUUUCUUUCUAUAUAUGUUAAAGGAUCUCUCUUUGAUCUCUAAUUUUUUUUUCUGUUGUUGUUGUUGUAUUUUGA